GUGAACAGGUUGACUCGGCCGGCCGAGCAGUAUCACCAUUUUCUUAGUCAUGACUGGGGGACAAGUGCUUGGUUGAAGUAUGUCUCCCUACUCAUCUACUACAACUCCGGUGCUGCCACGCUGGCCACUAUCCUGGUCAGCGCAGCGCUGGGUGUUGCCGUGGCCUGUGAGGUCCUACCGGAGAUGGCAUGGAUGCCCGUGUGCGGAUAUUUGGUGUUUUUCACUUUUCUCUUCUUCUGGCAACAGCUCCGACGGCUCGUAUUGCGACCUAUGAUCGUUUUUCUCGACAAGCUCUGCAUCCCGCAAGACGACGAGGACCUAAAGGCUCGUUGCAUCUUUGGGCUCGCCGGAUUUCUGGACAGAGCAGAGAC